UCUAGCUAGCUGAAAACAUUUAUUCUUGAUCAAUAUAUAUUCCUUGAGUAUAAAUUUUUGUGCUUACUUUGGCCAGUUAAUUAUUUGGACCUUCAACAAAUCAAUAUUUUUUUUGAUAAUUAACGAACGUACGUUGUAUUAUUUGUGGCCGGGCUGAUGGAUUAUUUCGAUCAUAUAUGGGUACGUAUUCGAUCGACAGUUAGUUAAUUCAAUUCAAUCAGGUGAUACUCAAAGACGUACAAAAGAAAAAUCAUGAAUAUCAGCAGCUCUGAUCUGAUAGAUGCAAAGCUUGAAGAACAUCAACUAUGUGGAUCCAAACACUGUCCUGGUUGUGGUCAUCGCCUUGAAGGAAAACCGGAUUGGGUAGGUCUACCAGCCGGAGUGAAAUUUGAUCCAACUGAUCAAGAAUUGAUUGAACAUCUUGAAGCCAAAGUUGAGGCCAAGAACUUUAAAUCUCAUCCGCUCAUCGAUGAAUUCAUUCCUACAAUUGAAGGUGAAGAUGGGAUUUGUUAUACACAUCCUGAAAAGCUUCCAGGAGUUACAAGAGACGGGUUGAGUAGACAUUUCUUCCACCGACCAUCUAAAGCUUACACCACAGGCACAAGAAAAAGAAGAAAGAUCCAAACCGAAUGUGAUCUACAAGGUGGUGAGACACGUUGGCACAAAACAGGCAAAACCAGACCGGUGAUGGUUAAUGGAAAGCAAAAAGGGUGCAAGAAAAUCUUGGUACUCUACACUAACUUUGGUAAAAACCGAAAACCAGAAAAAACCAAUUGGGUAAUGCAUCAAUACCACCUUGGACAACAUGAAGAGGAACGUGAAGGCGAGCUUGUGGUGUCAAAAAUAUUUUAUCAAACUCAACCAAGACAAUGCAAUUGGUCCGAACGUGCAAUAAGUAACAACAAUAUUGCUUUGACGACGUCCGUAAUUCCCAUUGAGGGGGUGAAUAAUAAUGAAAUGAAUAGAAGAGAGAGCAGGAGCGGAAGUGGAAGUUGUUCUUCAUCGAAAGAAAUAAACAUAACUUCCACGGUCACUCCUGCUCCCAACAACAUGGACGAACUCUCUGCAGUCAGCGUCAGUGCGGUCAUGUCAAGUUACAAUCCCAUGGAUCAAAUGCAACAUUUAAAAGGAGGUGCUGAUCAUUUUAGCUUCGUCCCAUUUCGAAAGAGCUUUGACGAGGGUACAAGUGUAUACUGCGCGCAGGCGGGUACAACCGGAGGAGUAGGGGAGGCGUCAACGGGAAGGAAUGUAGGAGGUAUCACGUGCGAUGAGCAUGAGCUACAAAAGCAGCAUCACAUGCACAACCAACCACAAAAUCCACAUCAUCAGCACCAGCACCAAAUGGCAUACCACGUCAGCAGGCCAAGUCAUCCUGUAUCAACUCUCGUAUCACCAUCUCCCCCGCCACAUCAUCACCUGCAUCACAACAACUCCAUUAUGCUUGAUGAAGACUCAUUUCAUGUCUCAAGAAUCAUGGACAAUUUUCAGCAGCAACAUCAUCAUAAGAUGGGAGGAGGCAGAUCAACAUCAGGAUUGGAGGAAUUGAUAAUGGGGUGCACUCCUUCAUCAUCAACUGAUAUCAAAGAAGAAUCAUCCAUCACAAACCACCCAGAGGCAGAUUGGUUGAAGUACUCCAACUUCUGGCCUGAUCCUGACAGUCAAGAUCAUCAUUGA